AUGGCGAUGCAGAUUGAUUCACUACCCACACGUGCACGUGACAUGAGCCGCGAUGAUGAGCGUAUUGGCCCCUACGAUCUGGCCGACAUCAAGCAGAGCAUCACCGACUUGACGAAAUACAAGGGCGGCUCGACACUCCAAUGGUUCCCGCAGGCUCCUCCCACAGGUGCGAUCGCCGAGACCUGGAAGAUGGCCCUCGAUAAGGUCGCACCACCACUCCUGCAGAUCUUCAAUAGCAGCCAGGCUUUAGGAGCGGCCCCACAGCGGUUCAAGGACGGCGAGACGGCCCACCUACGCAAGCCGAAGGGCGACGGCAAGUCUGCCGCCAAUGACUACCGCACUAUCAGCCUGAUCAACCACAUUGGCAAGGUGUUCGCUCGGGUCACAACUUUGGAAGCACUGCGAGGCGUGUCACGCAGGAUCUCUGCCACUCAGUAUGGUGCCAUGCCUGGUCGCAGCACGCGUGAUGCCGUGGCGGUGGCGACAGAGGUGAUCAGUCGACAUCAACAGGCUCACCGUGUUCGCGUGCGCGGCCGAGCCAUCACAGCGCCGCCCAUGCUGCUAGUCAUCCUCACGGACCUCGAGAAGGCUUUCGACAUGAUCGACCGCCAGAGUAUUUGGGAUCGCUUAGCGGACAUACAGCUCCGCCCUGAUGCUAGAGAAACGAUUGAGGAGCUCCACGAUGGCAUGUGUUAUCUAUACCGCGAUGUGAGGACACGCUUGCCAGUCUCCAGGAUCCAAGUCCAACGUGGAGUCAGACAGGGCGGAGUUGAGAGUCCUGGCCUCUUUGUGGCAGCCUAUGACAAACUGGUGGCCACUCUGGCCGAACGACAACGUGAGAUGGAGUACCCUGGGAUUCAGAUCUACUAUGACCCCAGCCUCAAGCGGACCAGGAACAACGACGAACUGCUAGCCGACACCUGCGAGAACUUAGACGUGACUCACCUCAUGUUUCUAGAUUUUGAUGAGGCGACCCUGUUGCUGGAUCUGGUGAAUGGAAAGAUUUCUCAUGGUGGGAUGAAGGUCCAUGCGCGCAAGACGGAACUCCUCCUCAUCCCCAGCGGCACGGGCAGCAAGCGCCGCCAGAAGCUGAUCACCUCCCAUACCACGGGCAUUGUGACAUGGCAAGAUGAUGACGCACUUCCCAUCCACCCACAGCCGACGGUCAAGUACCUGGGCGUUCGUUUGGCCGUUACCGGCAGCUACCAGACGGAGAUUACCCACCGACUGCCGGCGGCCAACCAGGCGUUCAGGCUCAAGUUGAGCGACCUACGCCCGACUCUCCAGCCCCACCUCGUGGCGACCCAGCCGCUCCUGAUGGCGAGCAUGUUCCAGCCGAUAGCGGAGGUCCAGGUGGCGAACCCGAGCCAGAAGCGGGCAGCGGCCGUUGAGGUCGAGGACGAGGGCGAGGGCGGCGACGUGGUCGGGCCGCUGGCCAAGGCGCUCGCCAAGUUGGCACUGCAGCACGAGGAUUUGGCACGGGCCAGCCACCGCGACGACAACUUCGCGAUGGUGCUCAAGCCUCAGAGUGCGUUGGAGAACGCGCUGGAGCAGGCACUGGUAACCUACGAGGACAAGGGCCGCAAAGCGAAGGAGAAACCUACGGAGCAGGACUCGACAUACCUGGGGCACCCCCUGGGCAAGCGCCCCGAUGCGCUGGCGAUGGCUGUGGUCUUUCGCAUCGCAGAGGCGGUGGUGAACAAGAAGAACCAGGUCGUGGAGGCGGCAACGCAGAGCCUGGACCCAGAGGCGGCCAAGGCCGCAUUGGAGGUGAUCAUCCAGAUGGGGAAGUUGGCCCAAGACCAGCAGGCAAAGUUCGUGGCCACGCGGUGCUUCCGCAUCAAGCUCAACCGAGACGACAAAGGCGAGAGCCAGGACGAGGGCGAGGUGAAGUGGAUCUUUGCCCUCAACCACUACCCGACGUUCAAGCUGGCGCUCAACACGUUGAGGACCAACGGCGCCCUGGCAGCAGCAGGGAUCAACCUGCAGUACGACAUCGCGACGCGGUCGCGCGCGGCCAAGCUCGUGGAGAGCUUGGCGGUCAAGAAGGGAG